CCGGUCGGCCCCGCCCCGAGGAGGGGGGCAGCCCCGUAGCGCCGGGCUCUGCGCGGAGACUGACUGACGCGGGGUUGCAGCCGGGAUCGCGUAGCGCCGCGGGAGCCGGGCCGGGUGGACAGAUCCCGGGUCCACAUGGCUCAGUAGAAGAUGAAGCCCAACCUGGCAGGCUCCUCCCCAGAGGCCUGCAAAGCUGCAGGGCAGGGCGAGCAGAGCUGCCCUGUCUGCCAGGCCUGGGCUGGGGUCUCAAGCCUGGGGUCUGAGGCAGGGCCUGGGCCGGGGCCUGCUGCUGCGUCCAGACCUGGGCCGGGGCCUGGUGCUGGGUCAGGACCUGGACCUGGGCCUGGUACUGUGCCAGGGCCUGGGCCGAGUCCUGGUGCUGUUCCGGGGCCUGGGCUGGGGCCUGGUGUGGUUCUAGAACCUGGAUCAAGGCCUGGUGCUGCUUCGGGAGCUGGGCCAGGGACUGGAGCAGUGUCAGGGCCUGGGAAGGAGCCUAGUGCUGUUCUGGGACCCAGACAAGGGCAUGGUGCUGCCUCGGGGCCUGGACCAGGGCCUGGUGCUGCUUCGGGGCCUGGACCAGGGCCUGGUGCUUCUUCGGGGCCUGGACCAGGGUCUGGUGCUGCUUCGGGGCCUGGACCAGGGCCUGGUGCUGCUUCGGGGACUGGACCAGGGCCUGGUGCUUCUUCGGGGCCUGGACCAGGGUCUGGUGCUGCUUCGGGGCCUGGACCAGGGCCUGGUGCUGCUUCGGGGCCUGCACCAGGGUCUGGUGCUGCUUCGGGGCCUGGACCAGGGCCUGGUGCUUCUUCGGGGCCUGCACCAGGGCCUGGUGCUGCCUCGGGGCCUGGACCAGGGCCUGGUGCUGCUUCGGGGCCUGGACCAGGGCCUGGUGCUGCCUCGGGGCCUGGACCAGGGUCUGGUGCCUCUUCGGGGCCUGGACCAGGGCCUGGUGCUCCUUCGGGGCCUGGACCAGGGCCUGGUGCUUCUUUGGGGCCUGGACCAGGGCCUGGUGCUGCCUCGGGGCCUGGACCAGGGCCUGGUGCUGCUUCAGCACCUGGACAAGCUCUGGGCCCUGGGCCAGGAGCUGGGUCAGUACCUGAUUCAGGAGCUGCACCUUUAUCUGGUUCAGGGGUAGGGCCCGGGCCCAGACGGGAAUCAGGGGCUGGGCAGAAACCCAGUGAGCCAGUGACAGCCCCAGUGCCAGUACUGCAGCAGAAGACUCAGGCCACACCUGUGCAGGCCUCCAAGCAGAAGGUUCUGGUGACUGGAGGAGGAGGCUACCUGGGCUUUAGCCUGGGUUCCAGCCUGGCCAAGAGCGGCAUUUCUGUCAUCCUGCUCGACCUCCGCAGACCCCAGUGGGUGCUGUGCCCGGGGACCGAGUUCAUCCAGGCUGAUGUCCGCGACGCAGAAGCCCUGCACCGCGCCUUCGAAGGCGUGGACUGUGUGUUCCACAUGGCCUCCUGCGGAAUGUCUGGUGCCGAGCAGCUGCAAAAAGAGCAGAUUGAGUCUAUAAAUGUUGGAGGCACCAAACUAGUGAUUGAUGUUUGUGUCCACCGGCGGGUUCCAAGGCUUGUCUACACCAGCACCGUCAAUGUCGCAUUCGGCGGGAAGCCCAUAGAACAGGGCGAUGAGGACUCUGUGCCAUAUUUCCCACUGGAGAAGCACGUGGACCACUACUCCCGAACCAAAGCCAUUGCUGACCAGUUGAUCCUCAUGGCCAACGGGACGCCUCUCCCAGGAGGAGGCGCUCUGCGGACAUGUGUGCUCCGGCCCCCAGGGAUCUACGGCCCCGAAGAGCAGAGGCACCUGCCCCGUGUGGCGAGCCACAUCAAGAAGAGACUGUUCAUGUUCCGAUUUGGGGACCGCAGGACGAGGAUGAACUGGGUCCACGUGUGCAACCUGGUGCAGGCACACGUGCUAGCAGCCGAGGCCCUCACCGCCAGCAAGGGCUACGUGGCCAGUGGGCAGGCGUACUACAUCAAUGACGGGGAGAGUGUCAACAUCUUCGAGUGGAUGGCCCCACUGUUUGAGAAGCUGGGGUACAGCAAGCCCUGGAUCCAGGUUCCUACUUCCUGGGUUUACCUGUCAGCCACGGUGAUGGAGUAUUUGCACCUGGCCCUGAAGCCCAUCUGCAGCCUCCCGCCACUGCUCACCCGGAGUGAGGUGCGCAGCGUGGCCGUGACGCACACCUUCCAGAUCGCUAAGGCCCGUGCUCAGCUUGGCUACGUGCCCGACAAGUUCAGCUUCGCAGACGCCGUGGAGCGAUACGUGCAGUCGACGGGCCAGGGAACCCGCGGCUCCACAGCGCGGACGCUCCUGCGGCUGCUGCUCGGGCUGCUGCUGCUCCUUGGCCUGCUCGUGCUGGCCCUGCACUUCCUAGGCCCGCGGCCAUUCGUCGUCUGACCAUCGUCGCCGGCCUGUCCCUGCCCCUGCUUCGCCUUCAGGACUUGGACCAGACCCUGCUCCGCCCUGCGGACUUGGGCGCUCCCUUGAGUCCUGGGCUUGUCCCUGCCCCACCCUCUGGGCUUGGAUCUGCCUAGCAGGUCUUCCGCUUGGAUAUUCCGGCGUUCUAACCCCGCCCCUGUCCCGCCCUCUGGGUUUCGACGUGCCCCUGCCCCGCCUCUUGAGCCCUGACCACGCCCCUUCCCCUCCCUCCGGCCUUGGUCUCCCUCUGACCUGGCCGGGAUGCCUACGAGAAGGUCCUAUCUUCACAGCCUGCUCCGCCUUCCAGGCCUUCUCCCCGCCCCUGCCCAGGCCUGGCCCGCCCCCGCGUUCUCCCCUGCUCUGGUCCGCCCCGUUUCUGGCUCUAGCCGAACGCCUGAAUCCUCGCCUUGGUUUCUCCUUUGGUAACUAGACUUGCUCAUCCCUCUUGGUCGGUCCCUCUCCUCUCCUGUUUGUGAUUCAGCCUUAGCCCCAUCCCCUCCCGUCUGGCUCCACUCCUAGGGGCCUAGCUGCAGCCGCUCGUGCAGCUGGGCUGACGUUUGCAAGUUUUCGCUGGCUGCUGCUACCUCUCUAGGGACACGGACCCUCCUCGCUGCCCGAGCUUCUCUGUGCUUGUCCUGAGAUCGUCUCGGGAUCUUGGAUUAGACCCCUUCUAGGAGCACUGGGUUCGAUCAGCCGCUAUGCUUAUGUUUUGGGUUCGCUCACUCAUGCAGGUCUCCCUGUGUGUUGAUAGACGGGGUUGGAAGGACACCUGAGACCCAGGCUUCUGCCCAGCCGAACUUGGCCUUUUUGGGUUUCCGGUGCAUGAGUCUGGGGAUGACUCAGUAAGCACAGACUUCAAUACCAGAAGGGACAUCGAAAAAGGAAAAUUAAAAAAAAUUUUUUAGGGUGGUCAAAAGAUACAAACUUCCAGUUAGUUAUAAAGUAAAUAAAUUAUGGGAGUGAAAUGUACGGCCUGGUAACUAUAGUUAAUAAUACAGUAUUGUAUAAAAGAGCGUUGCUGAGAGUAGAUCUUACGUUUUCAUCACAAGAAAAAUAAUUGGAACUCUGUGUGGUGAUGGCAUUUAACUAGACAUUGUGAUCAUUUCACAAUAUAUAUAUAUAUGGCAAAUAAUUAUGUUGUACAGCUGAAACUAAUGUAAUGUUACAUGUCAAUUAAGUCUCAAAAAAAACCUUUAAAAAAAUUGGAUCUCUCUAAAAAGUACCAAUAUAGUAAUAAUGGGAAUUAUUAGAAAUUAGUUGGUCAUAUUUUUUGUUUUACUAUCGCUUCAAUUUGUUAAUGAGGGGGCCAGUAGUGAUCACCAUAAUCUUUAAUGUUUAAACCACAAAAUUUCUUAAUCCAGCGCUGCUCUCCACGGAAACAGUGCCUCCCUAUCAUCUUGGUAUCAAUUGUGAAUACCAAAAUAUUAGUGUGUAAAUACAUCUGUAUAUAUAUCCUAAUAUGCACACGUGGAAUUGGCUGAUAAAACUAUGGAUCCUAGCAGAGAAGAAAACCAUCACAAGCCUAAAGAAAUCUGUGACGGGGUCGGGGGGAGCAAAUGUGUUAGGGCCAACGUGGCCAUCGCCCGGCGUGGGCAUCAGCAGUAUGUCCUCUGCUGAACAAUUAAGAAAGUUCGUGAAGCAGUUCAAAAAUGUGUGCUCCUGUUUGCUCUGUUGAAUUUGCAUGUGUGUAUAUAAUUUUUAAAAGCUCAGUAAUAAUCCUUUAUGCUUUGUUUAUGCUUUAUCCUUUAUGUUUAAUGCUUGACAGUUUGAAAGAGCUUGCACCUGUAUGCUCGUACUUAAUUCUCAGGCCCAC